AUGUCUACCGAUCGACGUAUCAAAGGCCUCAAGACAAAGCAGAAGAGCCUGCUUGCGUCGUUCGGCCUCAUCAAAGCCUUCGUCGAUAGUUACGAUGAAGAAACCGGUGCGUGUGAGAUCCCGGUUCGCCUAGAAAAUCUCGACGCUCUAUGGACUGAGUUUAAGCAAGUCCAGUCCGAGCUUGAAACACUUGACGAGGCCACUAUCGACCAGCAGCUAAAGCAGCGAACCGAUUUCGAGACAGCAUACUAUCGUGUAAAGGGAUUUUUGCUGUCAAACAAUAAAAUGCCUUCCACACCCCGCCUGAAUACUUCUUUGAGCUCGCAAAUCCCUGCUUCUUCAUCGUCGCAUGUCCGCUUACCUGAUGUGAAGUUGCCCGUCUUUAAUGGAAACCUAGACAACUGGCUCAACUUCCAUGACUUGUUCGUUUCGCUGGUUCACGCAUCGCUCGAGUUGUCCAAUAUCCAGAAGUUUUAUUAUCUACGUUCUUCUUUGGCUGGAGAUGCCCUGAAGCUGGUUCAAACGAUUCCUAUAAGUGCAAACAACUAUCCAGUCGCCUGGAACUUGCUGGUAGACCAUUUUCAAAAUCCUUCUCGAUUGAAGCAAUCCUACCUUGACGCUCUUUUCGAGUUUCCUUCGUUGAAACGUGAAUCUGCUGCCGAACUUCAUUCGCUGGUUGAAAAGUUUGAGGCCAAUGUCAAGGUCUUGAAGCAGCUUGGUGAAAAGACUGAGUUUUGGGAUAUCAUCCUUAUACGAAUGCUGAGCAUCCGUUUGGACCCAACCACUCGACGAGACUGGGAGGAGUAUUCGUCAACGAAGGAUGCCAUCGCCUUCAACAAUCUUACGUCUUUUAUUCAGCGAAGAGUAACUGUCCUACAAACAAUUCAAGGGAAAGUUGUGGAAGCUCCAGCGUUCACUCAGCAGCUCAAGAAAUCUGCUCAACGUCCGGUUGCCAGUCAUGGGGCCAGCCAAUUCAACUCCGGUCGGAAAUGUAUCGUCUGCUCCGAUCACCAUCCGCUCUAUUUGUGUUUGUCGUUCGCCAAACUCGACUUGGUGGCUAAGGAAAGGGAGGUUCGACGACAUCAACUCUGCCGUAACUGCCUUCGACAGGGUCAUCAUGCUCGGGACUGUCCAUCGGCUAGUUCUUGCCGUAAAUGUCGAGGUCGCCACCACACCCAGCUCUGCUCUGAGGAGAAGUCAGUCGCUGCGAACUCCAGGACUACGGAUUCUUCUCAAACCAAAACACCAACUACUUCUACGUCUGGUGAACAACCAAUGGCAUCCGUGUCAGCUACCCUCUAUGAACCUACCAGCUACGCGAGCACUGGACAAGCACGAAAGAACGUACUUCUGGCAACAGCAAUCGUCAAUAUGGUCGACGACAAUGGGACUGCACAUAUCGCAAGAGCUCUCCUCGAUUCCGGUAGUGAAUGCUGCUUUAUUACCGAAUCUUUCUCGCAGCUUGUCAAGGCAAAGCGCUACAAAGUCUCUGUACCGAUUUCGGGGAUAGGACAAUCAUCGACAUAUGCAAGGUACAAGAUCGUCUCUACUGUUCGUUCGAGAGUUUGCGAUUACUCCACCUCGGCUGAAUUUCUGGUCCUGCCUAAGAUUACCAUAGAUCUACCGACUGCUUCUUUCGACGCUAGCUCGUGGAAAAUUCCUCCUGGUGUUCAAUUAGCCGACCCGGCUUUCUACAAUGCAAACCCCAUCGACAUUAUCAUUGGCGCUGAAGUGUUCUUCGAUCUAUUCAAAGUUUCUGGGCGUAUUCAACUUGGCAAUUCUCUUCCGACCUUGGUUAACUCGGUCCUCGGUUGGAUAGUAUCUGGAAAGGCUUCGUACGGUACUCCUACGACUCCAGUGAUCGCCAACGUUGCCACUGUUGCUGAACUACACCAGUGGAUGGAGAAAUUCUGGGCCAUCGAAGAAAACGACACUUCACCUUGCUAUUCCGUCGAAGAAGCAGCUUGUGAAGAACACUUUCAACGAACGGUUAGGCGCAACUCCGAAGGAAGGUACAUCGUUCGUUUGCCGAUAAAGGAUGACGUCAUCAAGCAAAUUGGUGACAACCGUCGCACUGCUGUUCGCCGUUUUCGGAUGCUGGAAGGUCGCCUCGGUCGCAACUCCGAACUUGCCCAGCAAUAUCGUGACUUCAUAGACGAGUACCUUGCUUUGGGUCACAUGAAGCAAGUCUUUGACUAUCAAUCACCUCCGUCUCCAUGCUAUCACAUGCCUCACCACGCUGUGGUUCGAGAAGAGAGUACUACAACAAAGCUACGAGUAGUCUUCGAUGCAUCUUGUAGGACUCCAGAAGGACCAUCGCUUAACGAUGCACUCAUGGUAGGCCCAACCGUCCAGCAAGAGAUCCGUUCAAUCAUCAUGCGUUCCAGAACCCGUCGAGUGAUGAUCAUCGCUGACGCCAAGCAGAUGUAUCGUCAAGUCUUAGUAGACGAGCGUGACACUCCGCUUCUACGAAUAGUCUGGACGCCAUCACUGGACCAGCCAUUGGGUACCUACGAGCUCCUAACAGUUACCUACGGUACUGCAAGCGCACCGUUUCUCGCUACUCGAGUUCUCCUGCAACUGGCAGACGACGAGAAGGACAGUUAUCCUGAAGCAGCUGAGGUAUUGCGUAAGGACUUCUACGUAGACGACCUUUUCUCGGGAGCAAGCAGCAUCGAAGAAGCAACUAAGCUCCGUCAGCAGCUAGAAGCACUCCUAGCCAGAGGCGGAUUUCAACUUAGAAAAUGGGCAUCUAACGAAGAAGCAGUUUUGGAAGGUCUCGCACCGGAAAACCGAGCUCUCAAAGCCUCAAUAGAUCUGGAUCAUGACCAGUGCAUUAAGUCUUUGGGUCUUCAUUGGGAACCCGCUUCGGAUCAGCUAAAAUAUCGCAUCGAACUUCCGGCGGACUCGACUGAUUUUCCUCUCACUAAGCGAAUAGCUCUAUCGCAAAUUGCUCGCCUUUUCGACCCACUUGGUCUACUGGGUCCGGUCGUAAUCUCCGCUAAACUCUUCAUGCAAGCACUCUGGACGCUGAAGGACGACGAUGGUAAAAUUUGGAACUGGGACCAAGAGCUUCCGAUGCCAAUAAGAGAACGUUGGCAUACUUACCGAUCUCAGCUACCACUUCUCAACAACCUUCGUAUCGAGCGGUACAUACUUUCAUCAAAUCCGUCAAGCGUGCAGUACCACUUCUUCUCGGACGCUUCUGAGCAAGCAUACGGCGCGUGCUGUUACAUUCGAUCGGCAGACUCUUCUGGAGCAGUUAAGGUAGCUCUUCUAACAGCGAGAUCAAAGGUAGCACCCUUGAAACAGCAGAGUAUUCCUCGCCUUGAACUAUGUGGAGCACUUCUCGCUGCACAACUCCACCAAAAGGUCUCGGCUUCUCUUGAACUUCCGGGAGAAUCUUUCUUCUGGGUCGACUCUACGACAGUCAUCAGCUGGUUGAAAGCUACGCCGUCAACGUGGACUACCUUCGUAGCAAAUCGGGUCUCUAAAAUCCAGUUGGCAACUCAGAACUGUUCCUGGAACCACGUCUCUGGGCAAGAAAAUCCUGCAGACCUUCUGUCCCGAGGAAUUCUGGCAGAAAACCUGAUCGAAAAUCAACUCUGGUGGCGAGGACCACCGUGGCUACAGCUAAAACAACCUUCUUGGCCAAUUGGACAAUCCAACAACGAACCAAACAGUGAUGCUCUCGAGGCAGCAAGAAAUCGACCAACAACUGUCUGUCAGGCAUCAGCCGAACCAUCGUUCAUCGAUCUAUACGUGGACAAGUUCUCUGACUACAAUCGAAUGCUCAGAGUAACCGCUUACUGCCGCCGGUUUAUCCAGCAUUGUCGUCGAACUCCAAUUGCAAAUCUCACAACCUACGUCACGACGGAGGAAAAGAACGCAGCCGAAGCAAUCCUCAUCCGGCUGAUUCAACAGAAAUUCUUCGCAGAAGAGUGGAAGCAGCUCGAGCAAUCAAAACCUAUUUCGCUCAAAUCCCGCUUACGUUGGUUCCAUCCGUUUCUGUCUGUGGAUCAUCUAAUUCGCAUUGGAGGUCGACUAAAUCAAGCGCCACAACCGUACGAUAGUAAACAUCAGAUUAUUCUCCCCGCUUCUCAUGCUUUCUCUACGCUUUUGGUUCGUUCGCACCACGAAAGGCACUUGCAUGCGGCUCCCCAGCUACUGGUCACCAUCCUUCGCUUACGGUAUUGGAUCACAGGGGCCAGAAGCCUAGCCAGAUCCAUCAUGCACAAUUGCAUCACCUGCGUCAGAGCUCGGCCUAAACUUCUGGAGCAAUUUAUGGCCGAGCUACCAGCUGCACGAAUUACCGCAACCCGACCGUUUUCCGUAACCGGCGUUGAUUACUGGGGACCAAUCUCACUACAGCCAACACAUCGUCGAGCAGCACCACGUAAGGCCUACGUAGCAGUUUUUGUGUGCUUUUCCACCCGUGCUGUGCAUCUUGAACUCGUCGUUGACUUGAGCACCGCAAAGUUUCUUCAAGCGCUAAGGCGUUUUGUCUCUCGCCGAGGUCUUUGUAGCGAUAUCUAUAGCGACAACGGUCGCAAUUUCGUUGGAGCCGCCAACGAACUGCGGAAACUUGUCUGCAGCAAGGAACACCAACAAGAAGUAGCACGAGAAUGUGCCGAUAAUGGAAUUCGUUGGCACUUCAAUCCGCCAAAAGCAUCACAUUUUGGUGGUCUGUGGGAAGCUGCUAUUCGAUCCGCCCAAAAGCAUUUCACCCGUGUACUUGGUACUCACUCCCUCGCCCAAGACGAUAUGGAAACGCUCCUGGUGCAAAUUGAAUGUUGCCUCAACUCUCGCCCCAUCGUUCCACUCAGCGACGAUUCUUCCGACUUCGAGCCACUUACGCCUGGUCACUUCUUAAUUGGAUCUGCAUUGAAGGCUGUUCCGGAUUCAGAUGUAACCGAAAUUCCAGUAAAUCGCUUGCGACAGUGGCAACAAACGCAGAAAUUGUUCCAGCUAAUUUGGAAAAGGUGGAAAACAGAGUACCUUUCAACGCUGCAACUUCGAGCGAAAUGGUGCAAUCAUCCAAUUAGCAUCCAGCAAAAUCAACUGGUACUACUGAAGGACGAAAAUGCACCUCCAAUGUCCUGGCAGACUGCCAGAAUCAUCGAUAUCCAUCCCGGACUUGAUGGUGUCACUCGGGUAGUCACUGUAAAAACACCGACCGGUCGCUACACUCGUCCGGUUUCGAAGAUUUGUCUGCUGCCGAUUCCACCCACGCAAAACAACACCAUCGAAAGCCCCGACGAUUCACUCAACGGCAAAACUCCAAAAGAUUCCAACGAAGCUCAUCCGUCUGCAAAUGGUUCCACUUCGGAUCACCUAAAAUGA